AGUUGGUAAGUUAGCAUGAGUGUGUGGUGACAUUCAGUGUGUGUGUGUGUUACCGGACUAACCUCGGCAAUCUGUUCCCAUGCUUACGCUAGGCUGGCAGCCUAGAGUAAAGCAGCAUAUAUUCAUUACAAACAAAUUAAUUACUUUGCUUAGCUUUUUUCUUUGCUGCAGUAAACUCCAAGGCAGAAAAGUUAUGAUACAGAGUGAGAAACAAAAGCACCGAGGUGAUGAGGAGGUGGUCAAAGAACUGUGCAUGGCCAAUGGAGUGUCCUAUGAAAAAAUUGCACAAGAAGGAAUCAGUGUCAGCUCCCUGGAGAUCUUCUUCUCUGGUUUUCCCCGCAUGGUUGGGCUUUCCUUCUUCCCAGGGCUCUGCCAGCUUACCAUAGUGGGACAGAAUAUAAAACACAUCGAAGGACUUGAGUGCUGUCCUCUGCUUCGGGAACUCUGGGUAGUCCAGUGCCAUUUGACAGGAAUAUCAGGACUACAGAAUUGUUCACAACUAGAGAAACUCUACCUUUAUGAUAAUCAGAUCUGUGAAAUAAAGAAUUUAGAAUUGCUCAUCAACUUAGAAGUCUUGUGGCUCAACAACAACUGCAUAACUCAAAUACAGGGCUUGAACACGCUUCAAAAUCUCAAAGAACUCAACCUUGCUGACAACAAUAUUGAAAAGAUUGGGUAUAGCCUUGAUCCUAAUGUCAGCCUUCAAAAUCUUAAUCUGUCCGGAAACAAGAUCAGCUCCUUUAAGGAGCUGACUCUGCUCGCUCGGUUGCCCCAUCUGAGAGAACUGGCACUGAAGGACCCAACCUCAACCCCAAACCCAGUGUGUCUGCUGUGUAACUACGCCACACACAUUCUAUACCACAUACCAGGCCUCCAGCGACUUGACACCUAUGACGUCUCAAGCAAGCAAGUCAAGGAAGCAGCUGAGUCAACAGUAAUGAAGAAAAUGAUGUACUACAACAUGCGUGUACACACUGCUCAGAGGAACCUGGCAGAGAUCCGGCUCAGUCUGAUAGAGAGGAAGAAAACUAUGUUACAGUUGCCCGAAGAAUGCAUCAAAACACUCAAUCAUGCCCUCAAGAGUCUUGAACGUGAGCUCUCCAAGGUGCCGGCUAGUUGUAAGAAGUCUUCCUGCACGUUGGAGGACGGCUCAACCCACUUGGUUGAAGGUUCAGCCUACAGAAGUGACCCAACCACCGACAUCAGUCCCGAUCUUGCCAUGCAGCACAAAAUACUCAGCAAGAUUGAAGCACUGAGGGAGAGACUGGUGCAAUGGACAAGGAGGCUGAAUGAGAUUGAAGCUUGGUAUGUGCAGGAUUUGGCGCAAGCCACUAACAUGAUAGAAUAUACUGUCAAGUUUCUGUUGAUGGAGCUAGAAAGUGUUGGAAAUAUUCGUUUGGAAGAAGGCUGCUCCACAGAUCCUUGGUUUACUUCCUGUUGCGACCUCCUGCAUUCCCGCUUCUCUCAAUCAGACUUUAAGGUUCCAAGCAUCGCUGGCAUUAAGAUCAACAGAGUUGUCCGCAUCCACAACAGUGCUUUGAGGCUUCGCUUUGAGGACAAACUUCACACCCUUCAAACCAGCGAAGAGUCUACUAUGUUUUCACACAGGAAUUACAGACGUCGGCUGGAGCACUUGUUUUACAUAGCUGACCCUAAAAAAAAUAGCAAGGAGGACAUUUUGUGCAUUCUAGAGGAAGGCUUCAAAACAGCUGAACAGUACAAGGUCUCAGAAGGAGAAGGUGCUAUACCUUUAUCCAAUAGCCUGAGUGUGACUGAACAGCCCAGAAUUGAAUACACACUGUGCCAGGUCAGGCAAGGUAAUUCCAAGCACAGUACGGACACAAUCCCUUUCAGGCAUGGUCAGAUUAUUGUUUCCAAAGUGUUUGUGGGCCACAGCACUCCCAUCCAAGAGGGAGACCCGUUGGACAGAAGCAGAUAUCCCAGAGCCUACUCUGUAUAUCGCAAUGUGGACACUAAGCACAGAACUGCAAUAAGUGAAGAGAGCUCUCGCUCCACCAAAACACACGCUGGUCCUGUGUGCACUCCCAGACGAAGACAGUGGUUUGUGUUUGACCAUGAGCUUGUCCUACCUGAGUACAUCAUUUAUUUUGAAUACAUCACAAGGGAUGAAGAACAACCACACAGCACAGGCAGAGAUGGUACUCUGUCCAACGAUAUCAUCCUAGACAACGAAGUCCUCAACAUGGAACCUGUGCUGAAACCACAGCCCAAGUUGUUGAGCUUGGAUGACAAAAUUCUGCUUAAUGUGGCCAGAGCCAAUGUCCUCAGUCAAAUCACUGUGCUGAACCUUCAUGGCAACAGUCUGAGUAAAAUAAAGGAGGUUUCCCGCCUCACAGGUCUGCGGCAUCUUACCAUCAGCUUCAAUGAGUUCACACACCUGGAUGACAUUUCCCACAUGCCCAACCUUGAGUUUUUGGAUGCUAGCUAUAAUCGCCUAGUGACCCUAGAUGGGCUGAGGAGAUUAGGACAGCUCAAACAGCUCGACCUGCGCUGGAACAAGUUAACCAAUGCCAGAGAGGAUACGGCAGUGCUGAGAAAACACACACCUGCUCUGCUGAAGCUUGACACCCGGUACAAUCCCUGGAACAGGGUGCGCAAAGCAGUCAGAAUGAUCGUACUGGGUCGUCUAACGACCCUCACACACCUGGACGAUGUAAUGGUGGCAGAGGAGGAGGCUGCUUAUGCUGUUCAGAUGGCUGCUGGAUCUAAAAUUAACCAGGCAUCUCUUCAGGCUUGCUCACGUACCAAUAGUGAGCGACCUCGCAGUCUCAGCCUGCUGUCAACAGCCCAGCUCCUAUGUCUUCUCAGCCCUGCACCCUGGGGCCUCUACCGAGAGCUGGAGCUAGACUGGACUGCAAAGAUCACUGCCCUGAACCUAGACAGCCAGAGGAUUUCCAAACUGAUCAAUCUGAAUAAGCUGGUCAACCUUCGCUGGGCUUCCUUUAAUGAUAAUGACAUUUCUAAAGUGGAGGGUCUUGACAGCUGCUUGAAGCUGGAGGAGCUUUCCCUCAAUAACAACAGCAUAAGCACACUUAAUGGCCUAUCAAAACUGCAUUGCCUAAAUAAACUGAGUGUAAAUUGGAAUCAGUUGUCUAGACUGGAUGCUUCAGUCCUAGAUCAGCUGCCCAAUCUGACCUUUCUGUCUAUGGAGAACAACUGUAUCAGUUCCUUGCAUGGCAUCCAAAGAGUUCGGUCCCUUCUUGAGCUCUACUUCGGCAGCAACCAAAUUUCUUCCUCACGGGACAUCUACUAUCUGAAGGGAUUGACAAACCUCAUUAUUCUGGAUCUUUAUGGGAAUCCUUUAGUGGAGAAACUGGAAAACUAUCGGAUUCAUGUGGUGUUCCACCUACCCUCUCUAAAAGCUCUGGAUGGCAUUGCUGUGGAGGUAACUGAAUGUGAAAGUGCAAAGGAUAUGUUUGGGGGAAGACUAACACCUGACAUGGUAGCAGAGAAGCUCGGCCACACAAACUACACAGACAUCACCUAUCUCACUCUGCAGUCCUGCUCCAUUAGGAUGGUUGACCUGGCUCCGGCAGACCUGUUCUGUAGCCUGCGCAGUGUCAACUUAGACCACAACAACCUCACCUCUUUCUCAGGCCUCAUUUAUCUGCCCAACAUCAAAGCUCUGUGUCUAAACUACAACCACAUUGAGUCCAUCUUGCCCAGACAGAAGACACAGGCUCCUCUGACAAACAGACAGAUACUGUACAGCAAGGUUCACUCCAGUGGUUACGGCCAACAGAGCCUGUCCAAAGGCAAAGGGGAAACUGGGCCCACUGGCAGUCUGGAGCCACUGAUGGGUAGCCUGGAGGUGCUGCAUUUGAGUCACAAUGGCAUCUCCAAUAUGACCAAUCUGCAGCUCAGCAGGCUCACCAAUCUUAAAGCACUCUUCCUUCAAGGUAAUGAGAUCAGCCAGGUGGAAGGAUUGGAAGGGCUUCACCAGCUCAGAGAGCUUGUGUUAGACAGGAACCGGAUCAAAGCUCUGGCCGAUAACUCUUUCAUAGCCCAGAAUGUCCUGUUAGAACUGCACCUAGCAGAAAACCGGAUCCGGGAGCUCAACCAUCUAUAUCCUUUGACUGAGCUCCGAAAGCUGUUUCUUGGCAUGAACAAGCUGCAGGAUAUCACAGAGCUAGAAAAACUAGAAGUUCUUCCUUCGCUGACGGAGCUCUCUGUAGUUGGCAAUCCUGUGGCCAAAAAUUCUCUCCACAGGCAAGCAGUAGUGCUCUGCUUGUCCCAGUUACAGGUCCUGGACGGAGUGAUGGUCACCUUGGAGGAAAAGACUAAGGCUGAACUCCUCACUGCUGAUCUAUCACAAUGCUCCCAAUGCCCUGGAUCUUCUCUUCCUACCACUGAAAUAAACCUACCGGGACUGCUACCCCUCAUGCCUCGAAACACCCCACUAAGAGGAAUGACUAUGAGUGGAGGACUACAGAACUUUUUGCCUGGGCAUGAUAUCCUGCUAAGUAACGUGGACGAGGCCCAAUCUCAUUACACUUAUAAGCACAAGAAGCACAAGCCUGGUAAUGCUGUUCGUAGCUGCCAAGCUGACAUUCCCUUUAGACACAUUCAAAGAACAGGAAGCAACCUGCCAACCACAGGUCUCCUUCAUGAUGGGAACAGAGUCAUCAUCACAUAUCCCAUCCAGGAGCAAGACAGCAGAUUUCCAAAUAGUAGCAAACCUCCACCCAUGUAGUGUCCAGAAGAGAGGGUGAAAGGUGAACAGAUUUGACAGAUGUGACAGCCGUGACGGCGUUUUGGUCAUAUAUCAUAUUUUAGGGCAUCAUAUCGUUAAAUAUGCAAGUGUAUGCAGAUGCUCAUAUAUGAAAAAGUCAGAACAUAGGGAAAUUCAAGUGCCUUUGGUUUUUUGACAUGGCGAUAAAUAACUCUGUAAACAUUUUAUGUAUUUUUCUGUUUACAUAUCAAUAAAUCACCUUUGCCACUCUUUGAAUUAUAGUUUAAACUAAAACAUUUGGGGUUAAAGAAAAUUAGACUAAUUGAAGGUUGCAUGCAAAUGCAUUUAAAAUGAAAGUGACCUUAUUUUUUAUCCACAUAUGUGGAUCACUAACCAUGGUAAUCUGAGGAUGAGAGGUUUUGGUGUCAUUUUUGCUGCUAUCCCAUCUUUGGCCCCAAACAAGUGAAAAAACACCCACAGAUGUAAGAGCGUGUGUGACUGGCAUGCUGCUUCUAUGGGGUCAAAUGCAUCCCCAACAAGUGGAUAAUCCAUCUUUAGCACACCUCUCUGUGGACAAUAAUCUGCAGUCACUCAGAUAAAAAUGUAAUCUUGAAUAAGGUCCAAAAUGGAUUUCAGAGAUUGACAGUUUCAUCGUGUUAGCCUCUUUUCGAAAAGCCCACCACAGUUUUGACUAAUAGGCAAAUCUCGUGUGUAACUGGAAAUGAACCUACUCUACUUGAUAUUUAUGAUGUCAAUGUGAUUAUAAUCCUUCCUGUCUUCCUGUCAGUUUUGUCUAGUAGUCCUGUAGUUAACAAAAACACCAGAAUCUGUUUCCUUCAAACAACCUCUGUAUACAUUUUAUACUAGAGAAGAAACACCAUACUCAGUGUCAUUGUGAAGACCUUUUGUUAUCUUUCUCAACAACUUGUUGUAAAGUUAAAUUAUUUUUUAUUGAACUUGAGACCUGUACGUUUUCAUAAUACAUACCCCUUAAAAAACACAACAAACAUUAUUAAAUUGGGACCCAGGUUUGGGAAUAUAUGCCUAAAUUAUAAACAAAAGCAAUAAGUUAAAUUUUACCAAGAUCACCCUUUUCGAAGGACAUUACUUUAAAACUAUUGACACCAGAAGCAGCAACAUUUUCUGUCAUGUUUGUUCCACCAACCUGAACUCUGGGCUUUAUGGAUCUUUGGGGGUAAUGUCACCACUAGGUGUCCUUAGAGCUCCAUUAGGUCCCCGUGUAUGACACCGCUGAUCAGUCCUCAAUGAAUUUACCACUUGCCCUGUAAGGAGUAGUUUAUCAGUCGAAGGCGGAUACCAUACGUGUAUGGAUGGAUGCUUUAGUUUUGUGUUCCCUGCCUGUGUGGCUUUUGCUGAACAUGUGAGGCAACAGCCAACUCUAGGCAGCAAAAGUGAAAAGCUCUCCCCAAACAAGCUCCUCUAAUGCAUGUACUUAACUUCACUUAAUUUGAGUUAAUUCCCAGCAUUAAGCGGGGCUAAUGACUGUGCAAGUGAGUGCACUGUCAUUACCUUGCUCUGUCUGACAUCAAAUGGCAGCUGAUGGACUCACAUUAAAAAGAAAAAAACUCUAAUGCACAGAUUUAGGGGCUCAGUAAGAGCUCACUAAUGCAUUAGGUAUUGCAAAGGAUAAUUGCACAUUUUAUAUUUGUGUACAGUAUGUGUAAUAUGGAUAUGUUAGAAAUAUAACAGUUUUAAUGAAAUUGAAUGUCUGUGUAUAGUGUUUAUAAUGAGCAUAACACUUUAUACAGUAUGUUGAAAUUUGCAUAUCUGUCAGUAUUUUUAACAUUAAAAUGACAUUAGCAUAAAGAUUGUGAAUAAUUCAUCAGUCCUGAGUGAACCCAGAUGCACUGCUCUCUCUGUCUAUCUCUCUCCCUCUCUUCGCUCCUCCAUGUGAGUAGACCACAUGGUUCGUAGCUGGUUUAAUGGGAUGGAAUGUGACAGGUUAUGUUUUCAUCUGCCUGAUAUGGAGCCUGGCUUGCGCAGGGGGAUGAGGGGGAGAAAGAGACACAGAGAGAGGAUGGAGAGGGAAAAGUGAGUUGGUCUCUACAGUUGUAGUCUGGAUUCAUAAUUAGACAUGUUUGUGCUUGUCGUGAAUCAGUUAUAGAUGAUGCUCUUUCUCCCUUCCCCACUAACACACACACACACACACACACACACACACGGAAAAACACAUGCUCUGUAUGGGGCCAUUAUUUCUGGUCCACUAACUCUCUACAUUUGCUGUGUCCGUGCAUUCAGAGCACCAUUAGUCCAAGACUCUGUGAAUAAUUGCUGAAUGGACCAUGUUUUCACUGCUAUCAGGUUCCAGUGUUGGUUAAUGUUGUGAGUGAAGUGAGAGGGAUGAGGACAUUUAUUGAUGUUUGAUUCUGAAUGUGUAAUGGAUAAACAAUAUUAAAAUCCAUGUGCAUUACUUAUUUACCAGCUUGUAUUAACUUAAGAAGUGCUUUGGUAAAGGUUACAAUUACAUCAACAUUGUCACUUGACUUGGAAUUGCGGUCGAAAAAAUGUUUCUCCACAUUUGGCUGCUGAUGGCGAACAAAUUCAGAUAAUGAAAAUAUAAAUUAUUUUGUUUCAAAAGCUGCAUAUUAUGUCCCAGAGUUCAUUUUUCGUCCCUACAAAUACAUCCUCUAUUCAAAAACAAUCUUGCUAUAUUGCUUCUCUUGAAAUCUGUCAUUAAGUUAUUGUUGUCGCUUGUCAUUUUCCUGUAAUUUGUUUCCUGUGAGGCUCCCUAGAAUAAAGAAUGAAUGGAGAGAGAGGAAA